AUGGUUUUGGCAUCACUGGCCACUCUCUGUGUUGAGGAAACCUGCAUUGACGGAAAUACGCAUCAUAUGCAAUACCUUUUGGGAAAGGUCAGUGAAAACACAAAGUUCGGCUAUGCUGAUUUCCUUUCCCUGGUAACCUUUGAAAUCAAUGGCAUAAAUAAUGCACUGACCAUAAGUUCGAAGGCCUCCAAGCGACGAGAUUUGGAGUGCAAGAAAGCCUUCUUCAACCACAAUAUAACCAUGAACUCUCGCGUGUUCGUCGCUCUCCUCCUGUGCGGCCUCUGGGCCUCCUCCGAGUCUCUCAUCCUCUUGGGAACCACCGCCGCAGCCGGGACCAUCGCCGCUACCACUGUCACUGCUUCUGCAGCGGCAGCUUUGGGCGUGGGCGCCCUGGCAGUGCUCAAGGGAGUUCUUAUCGGGAAGCAUCUCAAGCGCCGUUACAGGAGGGACGUCGAUUCUAUGGAGAUCGACGAUGAAGCUGAGGUGGCCGUCGCCAAGGAACUGGAUUCGGCCGGCUGCAUCGCCAAGUUGCUGUGCGAGAUCGAGGCGACGCCCGCCGACAGCCUCACCCCAUCCAUGUCCAACCUUCAAUGA